AGGUGAUUUGAUUCAGCAAGAUAAGAUGGGUGGAAGUGCAAUUUUAAGUGAGGAUUGGGAAUUCACCAACAAUGAAGCUCGGACAGUGGUUCUAAUUGGACGUACUGGUGAUGGAAAGAGUUCGACUGGCAAUAGCAUUCUUGGGAAAAAGAUAUUUAGGUCAAUGCCUCAAUCUGCUGGAGUUACAGCUACUUGUGAGGUUCAAAGUACCCAAUUGCCAAAUGGACAAAGACUAGAUGUGAUCGACACGCCUGGUUUGUUUGAUUUUUCAGAUGAUACAGAAAUGAUUGGAAAUGAAAUUGUUAAGUGCAUUGAUUUGGCUAAAGAUGGCCUUCAUGCUGUUCUAUUAGUUCUUUCUGUAAGAACUCGCUUUUCAAGAGAACAUCAAGCAGCUAUCGAGAGUUUUCAACAUUUUUUUGGUAACAAAAUUAGUGACUACAUGAUUGUGGUAUUCACUGGUGGAGAUGAUCUUGAAGACCAAGAUGUGACUUUGGAUGCUUACUUAGGCACCGACUGCCCUGAGCCUUUGCAGGAAGUGCUUGCUAUAUGUCAAAAUAGGGUAGUGCUUUUCGACAAUAGGACUAAAGACCCAAUCAAGAAAGCAGAUCAAUUAAAAGAGCUUCUUUUCCAAGUGAAUUUAGUUGUGGAAAAGAAUGGUGGAACACCAUAUACGAACGAUUUGUUCAAGGAAUUCAAGAAGGAAAAGGUUGAUUCUUCAUUAGGACAUUCUAAGGAAGACAUAGAUGGAUUGAAGGACCAAGUGCAGAGAUCUCAUGAAGAGCAAAUUAGACGAAUAACUGAAAUGGUAGAGUCGAAGCUCAAUGAGACCAUACAAAGGCUAGAUAAGCAAUUAGAGGAGGAACGUUCUGCUAGGCUUGCGGCUGAACAAAAGCUAAGAAGCUCAAGAGAAAUCAGAGAAUGA